AUGGCACGCACAUCCGUGUCAUCGCUCGCGCAGGACAUCUCUCAUCAUCUAAACUUGAUCAACAACCAGGAAAUUACCGAGAGGCCUACGUGGAAACACCUCGAAGAAGAGCUGAGCACCGCUCCUCUGUUCUCAGCCCUCGCCCAGCAGGUUGUCGAGAGCCAAUACCAGAACGAGAACCAGGAUAACAAUGAGAUUAAGCAGGUUUAUUCUCAAUACGGCCUCUUGGGACUGCGAACGAAAGGCGGUCACUCGCAAGUUAAUCACGACAACCUGAUAUAUGCCAACAUCGCUGCGCCCUGGUCAUCGUUCAUCUGUGGUAGCCAGGGUAGUGGUAAAAGUCAUACUUUGUCUUGCCUGCUGGAGAAUGCACUGAUCAAAUUGUCACCUGCUGGAAAACUAUCUUCUCCUUUGGCCGGCAUGGUGCUGCAUUAUGACAAGUUCACGGCGUUUGGCAGUACCCAAGUGUGUGAGGCCGCGUACCUGUGCUCAUCCGGCAUCCCAGUGCGCAAGCAUUUGAAUAUCAGCGUGAUCAAGACCCUGAUGGGAAUCAGUAACGGGCCCAAUCAGCCCUUGUAUGUUGAGUUCAUCAUGAAAAUACUUCGUGAUAUGGCUCGAAGCAACCAGGGUCGCGGUCAUUUUGACUACAACGAGUUCAAAAAUCGGAUUGAAAACGAGGAGUUCGUCAAAGGCCAGGCCCGGCCACUGCAGAUGCGUCUUGAUGUGCUUGAGUCAUUCUUCGAGCCGGGAACUGUGAUAGUUAAAGGCCAAGCACCCCAGAAAGCUCCAUACGAUAUCUGGCGAUUCGACAAGGGAUCCUUGACCAUCGUGGAUUUGAGUUGUCCUUUCGUCGGGCCAGAUGACGCUUGUGCUUUGUUUAAUAUCUGUGUGUCUUUGUUUCUGAAGGAUCGAAAGCACACUGGACGCGUGGUUGCUCUCGACGAAGCGCAUAAAUUCUUGACAGACACUGCCCCAGAAGCGGUCGAACUUACCGAGACACUUCUGACCAUUAUCCGUCAGCAACGCCACUUGGGCGCGCGAGUGAUGAUAGCUACACAGGAGCCCACGAUGUCACCGGCCCUCUUGGACCUCUGCAACGUCACCAUCGUCCAUCGGUUCACUUCGCCUGCCUGGUUCGCAGCUAUCAAGAAGCACAUUGCCGGCGCGUCAAUGGGCGACGAUGGUGAAAACAAAUCGGCCUUUUCCGACCAGCUCUUCCAGCAAAUUGUGAAGUUGAAGACGGGUGAAGCGCUGGCUGACGGAGAUAGUGAUUCGGGUAUCGAAAUCAAUGCUCAAAGUGUUUCACAGUUGGGCCCGAGGUACUUUAACCUCAGGGUUCGAAAGAGGCUCACUGCCGAUGGUGGACGAAGUCAACUCUCCAAAUGA